AUGCCUGAAAGAGAUUUUCUUUCGACUCAAUGGAACGCCUCUUACAAGCACUAUGAGCAAGAUAGAAAUGCAAGCGAUGCGUGCAACGUAAAAGCUGCUAUCAACGCGUUAGGACGACAUGGCUUUUAUGAUGGUGGUGGUGGUGGUGUUAGUCAGUAG